AUGGCCGAUCCUAUUUACAUUCACCCGGUCGAUCUUAGAGGUAAUCGCACGCGCAGAAAGGCUAUAAACGGUAGUGAUUUUGCCCGAGAGCUGGCGGCCAUGGUGAAGGAGCGCCUCGUGGACCCCAACAUCGCCGACACCCUUUUGCCGAAUUUCACCACCACGACGCCCUACGACCGAGACGUAGCCGCUAUAGUGUUCCUGGGUUUUACCCAGGAGUAUUUCAACUAUACAAGACGGUACGGCUGUGGCUUCCCGUCAGUCACUUUGCUCGGAGAAAAAAGCGACUGGGCCGACAUUCUCAGGCGUCUGGCCUGGUUCGAGACCCUUGGCCACGAGGAGCUGGACGCGUGGAUUCUCCGGCUGUCCAAAGUCCUUACCUACAUGGUAGCCAGCUUUGACUCUCCAGACGGGGCCGAUGUCAAAGACUUUUGGGCACGCACAGUUCAUGAGUCACCAGAAAGUAGAUCUGGCGGUAUAAUCAGCCUGUCGGGGUGGCUGACUGCGUUUUGUUGGUGGGGGUCUAAUGGCGAGAGAGUCCAGAGCUAUACCGAUGAACAACUGUGCACCUACCCGAAGCCCCUAACCAUCCUCAUCCCAUCCAGUUCCCACUCGAGAAUCUUGCCACACGGACAUGUUCGCUUGACGCUAGACGGUGUCGAGUUUCCCGUUAUUGACCGGAAGAAGGUGCCGCCGGGCGUAGUUAGGGUCCCGGUCACUUUGGAAAAUCAUGUACCUAACAAGGCGGUCUUUGUAGGCGGGUUGAUGGGCAUGCAGGUAAUCGAGCAGGAAGACGACCAAACGGCGGCUCAACCUGCUUCGGGAUGGUGGCUGCUGUCGGCCGUCGAGGACCGAAGCAUACCCCGUAUCCAAAGAUCGCCCGAAGGACAUAUGUACAUCCCUGGUUAG